AUGCAACAGCGCGCACCGGCCUACGCUCCGCGCGACACCCAUGCCGAGCGGCUCGCGGCUGCGGACCGGGAGGCUGCUGCUCGAUGGGACUCCUCGACGAACCGGACAUGGUACCCGGACUACCACAUUGCACCAUACACGGGGUGGAUGAACGACCCGGCCGGGCUGGUGCACUUUCGCGAUCUCUACCACGCUUUUUACCAGUACCACCCGUACAGUGCCGAGUGGGGUUCAAUGCACUGGGGCCACCUGACGAGCGAGGACUUGGUGCACUGGCAGCACGAAAAGACGGCGCUGGCACCUGGCGACGCGUGUGAUCGCGAUGGCUGCUUCUCUGGCACCACCGUCGUGCACGAAGACAGGAUGUACGUCUUCUACACAGGCCACUUCGUGCUUGAAGCGGCGACGCCACGGAACCCGGACGCCAUCUUUGAGCAGCAGUGCGUCGCCGUGAGCAGCGACGGCGUGAACUUUGAGAAGCUCGGUGCCGUCGUGCGCCCGCCACCAGGGUACGUGCACUUCCGCGACCCGAAGGUGUGGCAGCAGGACGGGCGGUGGUGGAUGGUGUGCGGUGCCCGUGACGCGACGAGGGACCUUGGCCAGCUGCUGCUCUUCACCACAGAAGACCUGCUUAGGUGGGAUGACACGAACUGGCAGGUGCUGGGGAUGACGGAGGACAAGAACGUGUUCAUGUGGGAGUGCCCCGACCUCUUUUCGGUCGGCAGUCGUGAGGACAUGAAGCUGCUACUUUUCUGCCCUCAAGGUAAGAAGGCCAGCGAGUACAACUACCGCAAUCGCUUCCAGAAUGGGUAUACCGUCGGGCAGUGGAUGCCUGACGGUCCGUGGACGGUGCAGCGGGAGUUCCGUGAGCUUGAUUGCGGCCAUGACUUCUACGCAGCACAGACGUUCCUCGCCGCCGAUGGCCAGAGGCGGCUGCUGAUGGCGUGGUGCAACAUGUGGGAGAGCCCCAUGCCGACGCGCGGGCACGGCUGGAGCGGCUGCCUGACGCUGCCGCGGGAAUUAAGCUAUAACGAGGCAACAGGACAGCUUCGAAUGCUGCCGGCGCGUGAGCUGGUCGGCCUCCGUGCGCCCGAGAUGAUCACUCUGCCUAACGUCGUCAACGAAUCAAGNCU